AUGUACAGCUUCAUGGGUGGCGGCCUCUUCUGUGCCUGGGUGGGGACCAUCCUCCUGGUGGUGGCCACAGCCACAGACCACUGGAUGCAGUACCGGCUGUCGGGGUCCUUUGCCCACCAGGGCCUGUGGCGAUAUUGCCUGGGAAACAAGUGCUACCUGCAGACAGAGAGCAUCGGUAAGGCUCCGGGGCUGGGGCUGGGCUGGGGCUGGGCUCAGAGCCCCCCCCUCAGGGCACACCUUUGCCACCUGUGUGGCCGGUGGGGAACUCUGUGGCUCAGAGAGGGAAAGGGUGCUACCACAGCUUAUUGGAAUGCCACCCGGGCCUUCAUGAUCCUGUCCUCCCUGUGCGCCACCUCGGGCAUCAUCAUGGGCAUCCUGGCCUUCGCUCAGCAACCCACCUUCACCCGCCUCUCCCGGCCCUUCUCUGCCGGCAUCAUGUUUUUCGCCUCCACCUUUUUUGUCCUGUUGGCCUUGGCCAUUUACACUGGAGUCACUGUCAGCUUCCUUGGUCGCCGCUUUGGGGACUGGCGCUUUUCCUGGUCUUACAUCCUGGGCUGGGUGGCCUUGCUCAUGGCCUUCUUCGCAGGGAUUUUCUACAUGUGUGCCUACCGGAUGCAUGAAUGUCGGCGCCUGUCUGCUCCCCGCUGA